AUGAGAACUCGAAGGUCUAUUGUCCCCGAUUCGGAAGAUGAUGUUUCUCUAGCUGCUAAGUCAGUCAAAAAUUCCUCACCUGCUCCAAUGUCAGGACAUUCGCGCACCCGGGGAUCUAAAUCCAAGUCGUCGACUGCUCGUGUCAUAGAUAAUUCUCAAGAUGAUAUGGACUUGACGGAUGCCCCCGCCCCACGGGAGAACCUGGAUAAUGUGAAGGUUGUUAUACCCAGGCAGGUGGUUGAUUCUCCUGAUGGAUCGUCUCGGAACUCGUUGGGAGUACAAUCUGCCGAUGGCAGCACUACCCCCGCGACCAGCGUGGGGAUUGCAACCGAAUCUGAGGGCAGCAAGCCUCGCGUCCGAGUCAAUGCUACGGCUCGUGCUCAACAGUUGCGUAAUACUGCAACUGCCCGGAGGUCAUCCACUCGAAGCACCAAACGGUCUGCAGAUGACAUGGAAUCCCAGGCCCACCAGCAGGAGCAAUUAGAUGCAGCAAUUGCCCGAGCCCUCCAAGAAGCCGAAUAUGAUAUCCCCGCGCCGAAACGGGCGAAGCGUGGAGCCGAGGAAACUCAAUUGCUUAGCGACGAUGAUAGUCUCACUCCGUCUCUACAUAGCAGUGAGCUCGAUUUCGAGAUGGCAUCAGAUUAUGAAGAUACUUCUGACACCGACACCAUGGUUGAGAACUUUGUCCUCGGAAUACCUGCAGGGUCGCGACCGCGCCGUCGCCGUACUAUCGGACAAGCCUCUGCUCGUGCUAUCUCUCCUGCUUCCGAAGACAGCAGUCCGCCCGCUGAAUGGUCCUGGGAAGGCGACAGGAAACGUAAGAGGAUGGCGGCGGACCGGAAAAAACUGGAGAGUAAACACCCAGUUGUGAGCAGGAUGUGGGAUGAUCUCAAGGCCAAGCCAACGAUCAACCCUAAACAGGCGGCUCAACCACAGUCUAUUACCCGUCGACUCAAGCCGUUCCAGUUGGAAGGAUUGCAAUGGAUGAGGGAUCAAGAGCAGACAGAAUAUAAGGGGGGUCUCCUGGGUGAUGAAAUGGGCAUGGGGAAAACUAUACAAGCGGUCUCACUCAUCAUGUCCGACUAUCCCCAAAAAGAGCCAACCCUUGUCAUUGUGCCUCCAGUUGCUCUUAUGCAAUGGGUCGCGGAAAUCAAGGAGUAUACCGAUGGUAAAUUAAAAGUCCUUGUUUAUCACAAGUCCGACCCCAAGGUCAAGAAAUUGACACCUGCCGAUAUUCGCAAGUACGACGUGAUCAUGAUCUCCUACUCCAGCCUGGAAUCUAUUCACCGCAAGCAAGAGAAAGGCUGGUCGCGUACUGGUGGAGUGGUCAAAGAGGACAGCGUGAUUCAUUCAGUCCGCUACCAUCGGCUAAUAUUAGACGAAGCACACAGCAUCAAGUCGCGUACCACCGGUGUUGCCAAGGCGUGUUUCGCUCUAGAGGCUUCUUAUAAGUGGUGCCUUUCUGGAACCCCGGUGCAAAACAGAAUUGGCGAAUUCUUCUCCUUACUUCGUUUCUUGAAAGUUCGGCCAUUUGCGUACUAUUUCUGCAAGCAGUGCCCCUGCGAGCAGCUUCAGUGGUCAUCCAACAAGCAGGGUCGCUGUACCGAAUGCGCCCAUACCAGCUUCAACCACAUUUCGAUCUUCAAUAAAGAGAUCCUCAACCCUAUCACCGAAGGAGAUACCGCAGAGCGCAAGGAGGGACUGGCAAAGCUUCGCCUCAUUACAGAUCGGAUCAUGCUUCGACGUCUCAAGGAAGAGCACACCUCCUCCAUGGAACUACCUCCCAAACGCAUUACCAUCCACAAUGAAUUCUUCGGUGAGAUUGAGCAUGACUUCUCGACCAGCAUCAUGACAAACUCCACCCGCAAAUUCGAUACGUAUGUCAGCCAGGGUGUUAUGCUUAACAACUACGCCAAUAUCUUCGGUUUAAUUAUGCAGAUGCGACAAGUGGCGAAUCAUCCGGAUCUGAUCCUCAAAAAACAUGUGCAGCCAGGAUUCAAUGUUCUUGUCUGCCGCGUCUGUGAUGAGCCCGCAGAAGAUGCCAUUCGAUCCCGCUGCCGUCACGAGUUCUGCCGGAAAUGUGCCAAAGACUACAUUGAAUCAUUCGACCAGGACUCCGUCGUCGACUGUCCACAAUGUCACAUCCCUCUUUCCAUUGAUCUGGAGCAACCCACCAUUGAACAAUCCGGGGAGUCCGUCAAGAAGAACUCCAUCAUUAAUCGAAUUAUGAUGGAAAAUUGGACUUCAUCCACCAAGAUCGAAACCCUCCUUUAUGAACUUUAUAAGCAGCGAACCAAAGGCCACACGCCGAAGUCCAUCAUCUUCUCGCAGUUUACCUCCAUGCUCCAGCUUGUCGAGUGGCGUCUCCGCCAUGCAGGAUUCAAUACCGUCAUGCUCGAUGGCAGCAUGACGCCCGUACAACGCCAAAAGUCUAUUGAACACUUCAUGACCAACGCAGAUGUAGAAGUGUUUUUGGUCUCACUCAAGGCUGGAGGUGUAGCGCUUAACUUGACCGAGGCUUCCCGAGUCUUCAUUAUUGAUCCGUGGUGGAAUCCCGCAGCUGAAUGGCAAAGCGCUGAUCGGAGUCACCGAAUCGGACAACAGCGCCCGUGUGUUAUAACUCGUCUCUGCAUCGAAGAUUCGGUGGAAUCCCGAAUCAUCCAACUGCAGGAGAAGAAGGCAAAUCUUAUCAAGGGCACGAUUAACAAGGAUCAAGGAGCGGCCUUGGAGAAAUUGACACCCGAGGACAUGCAAUUCUUGUUCCGUGGCUCGUAG